UCCAACUUCAAUGUGGGUAUUGGUAGCAAACAUAGCCCAUAAGAACUAUUAAAGGCGAAGCUGAAGCCCAAUUCAUGGGCAAAGCUUGAUGAAGAUGGAGGAUCAAGUGGAAGUUUUGAGGGAAGUAUUCGGCGAAUCAUCGUCAGACAGUGAAGACCUCGAUCCCCAACUGAACAGCAAGCAAAUCGCAGACCCAAUACCCUCAUGGGAAGAAAUCAAGAAAAUCAAUGGAUUAUGGCUAUGCAGGAACUUUCUGUCUCCUCAACACCAAUCUUCUCUGGUUUCUUCCGUAUUAAAAGAAGGCUGGUUCAACGAAGAUUCUCACAAUCAGGCCAUGAGAUUUGGGGAUCUCCCAGCAUGGGCUAUUGAGCUUUCUAGCUCUAUACGUGAAGCCAUCCUCGUUGGGGAUCAUGUAUCUGAAUCCAUAGACUUGGUUACCUCUAAUGGGGGCACCGAACCCUGUUUGUUACCGUCGAAUUUAUUGUGGAGAGAACCUCUGUUUGAUCAACUUAUUGUGAAUGUAUACCAUCCAGGUGAGGGAAUCUGUGCUCAUGUUGACCUUAUGCGAUUUGAAGAUGGAAUUGCCAUUGUGUCACUAGAGUCAUCAUGUGUGAUGCACUUCACCCGUGUCGAAGAAGGAGGCUCUGACAUUAAUAAGCAUGGUGAAAAGCAUCCAAUCCCUGUUCUCUUGACUCCGGGUUCUCUGGUUCUAAUGUCGGGUGAAGCUCGGUAUCAAUGGAAACACGAGAUAAACCGCAAGCCGGGGUUUCAGAUAUGGGAAGCGCAGGAACUGGUUCAGGAGAGGAGAAUUUCCAUAACCUUGAGAAAGCUGUGCCAGGUCGACUAGCUUGCCAUGAAGAACACUUGCUAUAUCUUUUAUGUUAUUUGGUUUUAGUUCAGCUUCAUAGAUCCCUCAUGAAAAUGGUCGAUAAUGGAGACAAUUCCCCUACUCGGGUUCUAUGCUCGGGGAAUAUUAUAUAGUAGCAGUGUUCAUCAGAAGAACUUGGAAUA